AUGCUCUCCCUUGCGCAGUUCCUGGUGUCAGUUACCAUUUUAGUAGGGUUGGGUGCUACUGCCCCGACCCAGUUGGCUCCUCGUGAUGUCCCCGCCGAUACGUUAAGCCAGUUGAGCCUGUUCGCGGAAUACUCGGCCGCUGCAUACUGCAGCUCCAACAUCCACUCCCCGGGAGACAAAUUGACCUGUGCAGCGGGUAAUUGUCCGGCGGUUGAGAAAGCCAACACAGAAACACUGAGUGAAUUCCUCGCAGACGACCAGUUUGGUGGCGUAGCAGGCUUCCUCGCAGCCGACUCGACCAACAAGCUCCUUGUUUUAUCCUUCCGAGGAUCCCGAACCAUCGAGAACUGGAUCGCUAACCUAGACUUCCUCCGGGUGGACGUCGGCAAUCUCUGCAAGGGCUGCGAGGCCCACGGGGGGUUCUACAAGGCCUGGCAAUCGGUGGCGUCGGACGUCACGAAGCAAGUCAACUCCGCCGUGGAGAAGUACAAGGGGUAUAAGUUGGUGUUCACGGGCCAUAGUUAUGGUGCAGCGUUGGCCAGCUUUGCGGCGACAGAGUUGCGGAAUGCUGGACAUACGAUUGAUUUGUAUUCAUAUGGCGGACCUCGACUCGGUAAUGAAAACCUGGCCAAAUAUAUCACCGGUCAGGGAACCAACUUCCGCAUCACGCAUACCAAUGAUAUCGUGCCGCGGCUUCCACCUCACUCGUUUGGAUUCACCCACUUCAGUCCAGAGUACUGGAUCACCAGCGGGAAUUUCAAGCCCGUGACGGCAUCGGAUAUCCAGGUCAUUGAGGGCGUGGGAUCCACGGAUGGAAAUUCCGGAGAAGAUUUCAAGAGUGUAUUAGCGCAUUCUUGGUACUUUGGAGGUAUCUUUUUCUGUUUGUAG